AUGUUUUAUAAUUUGAAUUGGAGAAAAACUAUACGCGAAAAAUUUGCGGACCUUAGCGAUCGAUCAAAAAAAAUGCUUCGACCCGAUAAUCUCGGAUUAAAUUUGGAAAUUCAUCCCGAUGCCUUGGUGAUGAAUCAAGCGAGCAGAGCCGGUAAGACACCUGAAGAAAGCCGAAUUUUGAAGGCAAAAGAUUACAAACUACCCGUGUUUACCAGAUAUCGCGAGGGUACCUGCAAAGACGUUUUUUAUUUCGUUCAAGUUGUGGCUCCAAAGUUCGGCCACGACGCACAUCCCGAAGAAAGCUGUGAUGCGGAGAAACGCCUUUUAGAAAAAGUCAUAAAUGCUCUUAACGACAUGAGACCUAAACCGAGAUUUUUACUCGUACAUGGAAAUUACACGAAUGCAUCACCAAACGAUAAAGAAUAUUUCCCGCAGAUAGAGAGUUUUAAGUCGGCAUUUGAAAAUUUAAGCGCGGAGAUUCCUGUUGUGUGUGUUUGUGGCCCAACAGACUGCGGUAAUCCACUGACAUUGGACGGCGUCGAUGCGUAUCGGAAUACUUUUGGCGAUGACUGGUUUGCCUUCUGGGUUGAAGGAGUUCAGUUUUUAGCCAUGAAUACCAGUUAUUACAAAGACGUGAACGCCGAUAUGGAGAGUUUUAAAACAGAUCAACAGGAAUGGCUUGAAUCAAAGCUGUUGGAAGCACAAGUAAACCCGCCAAAACAAAUCGUUCUUCUGCAAACCACUCCAUGGUUUCGCAAAUCUAUAGAUGAGGAGAGCAAUGCAGACAACAUUGAAUUAACCACGCGCCAAGAAAUCGUUCCUAAACUCAUAGAAGCCAACGUGAAAUACGUUUUCACUGGUAAUUUGAAUGGCUUCGGGAAGGACAAGGAAUUACAGAUAGUUCAAACAAGUUCUUUAAGAAAAACAAAUGAGGUGGAAAAUCUAGGUUUUCGUGUUGUCAAAGUCGAACAUGAGGGAGUUGUACAUAAAUUUUUUUCUUUGGACAACUCCCCAACAGAUCUAAAUUUAGAAUUUUAA